AUGGUUGACGCGCUCAACUUGAACUUCAACCACGCCAUCGCUUCGCCGCGGAAUGCCGAGCCGGAGGAGGAAAAGAUAUGGACCAAGAUACUGACGGAGGUGAGCGCCAAGUCGCGGAACACGAUGCAGGGCGCCAGCAUCAUCGUGCUCGGCGACUCCGCUGCCGGCAAGACAAGCCUCCUCUCGAAGCUCGAGAAGAUUGACAACCCCAACAAGCUCUGGGUCCUCGACGGCAACGAGAAGUUCGCCCCGCUGCUUCGCCACGCCCUCUCUGCCAACACGCCCUCCAAGACAGUCGUCAUCAUCGCCGUGUCGCUCGACAACCCAAGCCCGGUGCACUCGCUACGGCGAUGGGCGUCGAUCAUGGCCAAGGAAAUAGCCAGCAAGUACGAGCCGGCGGUGGUGAACGAGGCGAAGCAAGGCCAAGAGCGAUUCUGGCAAGAGUACGUCGAGCCGCUGGAAUCGUCGAUGACCGCCUCGAUGGCGCCGGGACUUGAGGACACGGGUCUGCUUCCUCUCGAGCAAGGCGUUCUCACGGAGAACUACGGCGUGUCGAUGAUCGUCGUCGUGACCAAGGCCGACCUCGUGAAUGAGAGGAGCGAGCAGACGAUGGACAAGGUGCUGUGCGACGUGCGGCGCUUCUGCCUUCAAUACGGGGCCGCGCUCGUCUACACGACGACCAAGAAUCCGAAGAACACGCAGCUGCUCGCCAAGUACAUCGUGCACCGUGCCUAUGGUCUCCCCUUCACCACUUCGGCCCAGAUGAUCGACCGAGAUACAAUCUUCGUGCCGGCCGGAUGGGAUAGCGAAAAGAAGAUUGAGAUCGUUAGGACGAACAUCACCGAAAUUGACGUGCUCGAGCCGAAUCGCGAGAAGGUGAACGUCGUCAAGGAGCCCGAGGUCACCGCCGAGGACACGCAGGUGUUCCUCGCCCGGUUCGCCGACAUGUUGGCCAAGGACUUGGCGACGAAUGGGCAAAAGAAGGUGGAUGAUGCCGGGGCAACGGCUUCCGAUUCUCCAUUGGCCAGCUUCUUCUCAAAUCUGCUAAAGGACAAACCACAAUCGACGCGGACAGCCGCCCCCAUUUCCGAGGAGCAGCAGCAGGCUCAAAUCGAGAAGAUCUUCCAGAAAAGCGACGAGACGGACAGCGCGGCG